AUGACCAAUUCUCAUAUUUCUUUACUAGAUUUGUCAAAACAAUUAUUUUUUGAAAUCGAUGACGCAACAAAGAAACAAUUAUGUUUCACUGAAACGUUAGUAAUCAGUUGUGGACAUUGCGAAGGUGACGUUCGGGAUGAGGCUUCUGCUUCCGAAUGGACAUGUGAAGAGUCCUCAGACAGCGACUUAACCGUGGUCAAGCCAUCCAGUUUCAUUAGAGAACGAAAAGAAGUCGAGACAGAAUCACCAGCUGAAAAAGAGCCAGAUGAGACUGAAAAAGAUUUUCAUUUUUUUUUCUUUCCUGAUUGCUCAAAGCCACUCCCGGAACAAGAUAGCGUAACUAGUAUAAUUAUUGAGAAUGGUUUGCCAAAAGUAAACCCAGCUGUGUUAAAUAAAGAGUUUUGUUCCUGUGACAUAGAUAAGCAAGGAACAUGCCCCUGCCAUACUAAAGUACCAUGUAGAUGUGGAGCAAAAACUAAAGCGGAGUGUAAAUGUCAGCAUUUAGAGAAUAUCUGCAUAUGCGACGAUGGCAAACCACAACCGGUAUGCACAUGUAAACCAAGUAACGUUUGUGUAUGUCAUCCUGAUUCUAAACCAAGACCUUUUUGCACCUGUGCACAAGUUGAUAAGCCUUGUAUUUGCAAACCAGGCAUGUUCCCAUGUCCUGUAUGUACAUGUAAACACAAACCCCACUAUCUUUCUAUGGAAAAUCAUGAAGAAAAGGGCGAAGAGUAUGGCGAGGACCUAGCUGAAGAAGAAGUUAAAACUUUUAUACAAAUACCAGAAGAAACUGAAAAGGAACCAUGUAUCUGUCAGAAGCCAGAAAAAGUGGUGAAACCGAUAUGUUUUUGCAAGAAAGGCAGGGAAUGCAUAUGUGAGCAAGAUGUAUGUAUAUGUGGAGUGCAACCUACUUGCGUCUGCGAGAAAGUUGAAGAAGAAGAACCACCCUGUAAGGAUGACGAUAAUAAAUCUAUCUGCAGUUGUUCUGUAGUUCCACAAUGCACUUGUUUUGCGGAAUCCCCUGAAAAGUGCAAGUGCUUUCCAAAACCACAAAUUUGCACUUGUGGAGAUCCAAAAAAUUGUAAAUGUUUUAAAAGUUGUGAAUGCACCGAUCCUUGCCUUUGUGACACUGCACCACCUAAAGAGGAAGGGAUAUGUACGUGCCCAGAUAAUAAAACGAUUAAGGCGGGGGGUCUUAUUUGUACGUGUCCACGCAAAAAGCCAGUUCAAAGGAAGUUAAAAAGAACAAGGGCCGGUAAGCAUGGCUACCGUUGGUGUCACGACGUCGAUCCCAAACAUACAUAUUUUGAUUAUGGAUAUGGGAGACAUGAUAAAAUUUCGUACAAGGAGGAAGAAAGAGAGAAAAUUAAGAUUUUAGGUCUUCACGAAGAAAAAGUUGAUGAUGCGGCUGGACCAUGUCCUGUUCAUGAAAUUAAAGCACCCGCGUAUGUAAAAAAAAUACGUAAGCCAUCUUUGGAUUGCUGCAGUGCUGUUGGGGGAAUAAGUAUUAGUGUGGAAACUUUGGGUGAGGAUGAGGCGAAAUUUUUGGUUCAAGUUGUUUCUCAUUCAUCAAAAGACGGAGCUAAAACUGGGUCAAAGCUUGUCAGUAUUUUAGAUUGCAAUUUACAUACAAUGGAGGAAAGUAGGAGCGAACAAAUUACAAAGAAAGACGCAACGAAGGAGCGUCGGAGUUAUAUGACAAUUUGUGAGAGCGGCUAUUACAAUAAAGUGACCCGUAUUUGUGGGGAGCGCCAUUUUGUAAGGCGCAUUUACCAUUCGUUUGAAGAUGCCCGCAAUUUUUUACUUGAAGGGGCUAAUAUUGUUCUGCUGCGAUAUUUGGGAAUCAGCCGACACAAGGGCACGAUAAAGACUGAUACUGUACUCAUUGAUGGUGUUAUAUGCGAAAGUUUAUAUGUAUGUCCAGGUACCAGUCAAGCUAUUGUUAAUGGAAAACCGUUGUUUGUGGUCAAAGUGGAACGGCAUAUAAUAGAACCAUCGGGAUUUAUUCAUCAGACACUGAUUGUUCUUACUCUUAAAGGUUACCUUGUUAGCCACGAGUGGGCUGACAAUAAUUACAUAAUCCACUUAAACCCAUUACUACGUGUCGUCCCUGAAAAGGAUGAAAUAGAGCCCCAUGCCCCAACGCGGGAAAAAUGGAGAGAGGACCUACAGUUAUUCUCGGAUUAUCUGGACUUUAAGAGUUCCCGCUCAUCAGAAGGCGGCCGGUACGUGACUGAGAACGGCGAACUGGCUGGCACCAUUCGAGACUAUCUUCAGACAUUACUAUUGCUACGCCCUCACGACGCGUUGCAUUUCACCAAGCAUUAUUUUGGAGCGGCAUUGUCGGCUCUCGACUUACCGCAUAACGAAUAUUUCGAUCCAUGCACUAAGCAUGUUAGAUAUUAUUUUUUUGAGGAAUAA